AUGGUUAACAUCUGCUGCAUCGGUGCCGGUUACGUCGCCAGAGGAACCUCAGACUUGCUUGUUACGUCGGUCGCCUUCGACAGCAAGAUCCCCACAGGACAACAACAAUCUGACAACAAUGGAUCUAUCUGUGUGCCUUGGCGCGGUCCUUCCUGCGCUGUCAUUGCCUACCAGUGCCACGACAUCAAUGUCACCAUCGUCGACUUGAACCAGGCCCGUAUCGACGCCUGGAACUCGGACAACCUCCCCAUCUACGAGCCCGGUCUCGACGAGAUCGUCUUUGCUCGUCGCGGCAAGAACUUGUUCUUCACCACCAACGUCGAUCAGGCCAUCAUUGACGCCGACUUGAUCUUUGUCUCCGUCAACACCCCCACUAAGAAGUCCGGUAUGGGAGCCGGUAUGGCCGCUGAUCUUGCUUACAUCGAGACUGCCACCCGCCGCAUCGCCCAGGUCUCCACCUCCUCCAAGAUCGUUAUCGAGAAGUCGACCGUUCCCUGCCGCACUGCCCAGUCGAUGCGCACCAUCCUCGAGGCCAACUCCAACAAGGGCAUUCGCUUCGACAUCCUCUCCAACCCCGAGUUCUUGGCUGAGGGUACCGCCGUCGCUGAUUUGACCAACCCCGACCGUGUCUUGAUCGGAUGCCUCCAGACCCCCGAGGGUUUCGCUGCCCAGCAGAAGUUGGUCGAUGUCUACAACCGCUGGAUCCCCAAGGAGAGGGUCAUCACCAUGAACUUGUGGUCGUCCGAAUUGUCCAAGUUGGCCGCCAACGCCCUUCUUGCCCAGCGUAUCUCCUCCAUCAACGCCCUUUCCGCCAUCUGCGAGGCCACCGGUGCUGAUGUCGAUGAGGUCGCCUAUGCUUGCGGUACCGAUUCCCGUAUCGGACCCAAGUUCUUGAAGGCCUCGGUCGGUUUCGGAGGUUCGUGCUUCCAGAAGGAUAUCCUCAACUUGGUUUACUUGUCCGAGCAGCUCUUCUUGCCCGAGGUUGCUGCCUACUGGAAGUCUGUUGUCACCAUGAACGAGUACCAGAAGAUGCGCUUCACCCACCGCAUUGUCCGCACCCUCUUCAACACCGUCACCAACAAGAAGAUUGCUCUCCUCGGCUUUGCCUUCAAGAAGGACACUGGUGAUACCCGCGAGUCUGCUGCCAUCACCCUCUCGUCCUACCUCAUCCAGGAGCACGCCAACAUUGCCAUCUACGACCCCAAGGUCAGCGCCAAGCAGAUCAAGAUGGACUUGACCGAGCCCGGUGUCGGCACCAACGAGGCCGAUGUCAACAAGCACGUCACUGUGUGCGGUUCUGUUUACGAGGCCUGCGCCGACGCUGCUGCCAUUGUCAUCUGCACCGAGUGGGAUGAGUUCAAGAUGGGCCAGACCGACUACCAGAAGAUCUUUGAGUCUAUGCAGAAGCCCGCCUUCAUCUUUGACGGUCGUCUGAUCUUGGAUGCACCCAAGUUGAGAGAGAUUGGUUUCCGUGUCGAGACCAUCGGAAAGAGCAUCUAA